CAAAGAAGCCACAUAGAGACACACACAAACACACACUAAAACCCUAAUCUCCUCACUCACUCUCUCUCUUCUUCUUAUAUAAACAGAGCAUCCUUCUAUGUCGUCAACACAAGAAGCUUCAGCUACUGAUUCACCCGUGAAGAGACCAAGAGAAGAAGAAGACAACGGCGCCGCCAUGGAAACAGAGAACGGUACUGGAGGAGGAGGAGGAGGAGGAGGAGAGAUGAUAAAGGAGCCUUCUUGUAUGUCCUCUGUUAUUCCUGGGUGGUUCUCUGAGAUGAGUCCUAUGUGGCCAGGAGAAGCACAUUCACUAAAGGUAGAGAAGAUUCUAUUCCAAGGCAAAUCUGAUUACCAGGAUGUUAUUGUUUUCCAGUCUGCAACCUAUGGAAAGGUUCUUGUUUUGGAUGGAGUGAUUCAGCUUACUGAAAGAGAUGAAUGUGCGUAUCAGGAAAUGAUCACUCAUCUUCCCUUGUGCUCUAUCUCCAAUCCCAAGAAGGUUCUUGUCAUUGGGGGAGGAGAUGGAGGAGUCUUGCGGGAAGUGGCACGUCAUAGUUCUGUUGAGCAGAUUGACAUUUGUGAAAUCGAUAAAAUGGUGGUUGAUGUGUCUAAGCAAUAUUUUCCUAAGGUAGCAGUUGGAUACGAGGAUCCUCGUGUCAACCUCCUCAUCGGCGAUGGUGUUGCUUUCUUGAAGAAUGCUGCUGAAGGAACCUAUGAUGCAGUUAUUGUUGAUUCGUCUGAUCCGAUUGGUCCAGCAAAAGAGUUAUUUGAGAAACCUUUCUUUGAGUCAGUGAAUGGAGCUCUUCGUCCUGGUGGAGUUGUGUGCACACAGGCUGAAAGCUUGUGGCUUCACAUGGACAUUAUUGAAGACAUUGUGUCUAAUUGCCGUGAGAUAUUCAAGGGAUCUGUGAACUACGCUUGGACCAGUGUUCCAACUUACCCGAGUGGAGUCAUUGGAUUCAUGCUUUGUUCAAGUGAAGGACCACAGGUUGAUUUCAAGAAGCCAGUAAACCCUAUUGAAGCUGAUGAGAGCUCUGUUAAAUCAUUCGGACCCUUAAAGUUUUACAACGCAGAGAUUCACUCAGCUGCUUUCUGCUUGCCCUCUUUCGCUAAGAAGGUUAUCGAUUCGAAAGCCAACUAGAAAAGAGGAGAGAACUCAUUUACCUUUGAGAAAUUUCACGUAGAAGUGAAUCAUCAUGAUGAUGAUCCUUUCGAUAAUAAUAAAGUUUUAAUUUUUAGAAUGUAUUGUCUCUUCGUUCUCCUUCUCCAGCAAUGUUCUGUGACACUGCACCACUGAGAUGCAGUUAGACUCACACAUACUUCACAUCCUUUCUUUAACGUUUAUGCAUCUUUAAAUUUCUAUAGUUUUGAUUGAA